CUGAGUACACGUGCUACGUGCUUAUCAUUUUGUCAUCAUUUUCGCAUUCAGUAUGUUUUAUUUGAUUGGUUUAGGCCUUGGUGAUGCAGAAGAUAUCACAGUCAAAGGCCUUAGCAUCGUUAGAAAGUGUAGGAGAGUUUAUCUGGAGGCGUAUACGUCGAUUUUGGGGGUCGGCAAAGAAGCACUGGAAAAAUUCUAUGGUCGAGAAGUCAUCCUAGCAGACAGAGAUAUGGUGGAACAGCAAUCAGAUGAAUUAUUUGCUGGUUCUAUGGAGGAAGAUGUUGCAUUUCUGGUAGUAGGAGAUCCCUUUGGUGCUACAACUCACACAGACCUUGUCCUUCGGUGCAAAGAGCAAGAUAUACCAAUCAAAGUUAUCCAUAAUGCAUCGAUUAUGAAUGCAGUAGGCUGUUGUGGAUUACAGUUGUAUAACUAUGGAGAAACUGUUAGUGUGGUGUUCUGGUCUGAUAAUUGGAAACCUGAGAGCUACUUCGAUAAGAUAUUGUGCAAUGCUGAGAGAGGUCUUCAUUCACUCUGUCUCCUUGAUAUCAAAGUGAAAGAACAGACAAUCGAAAACCUAAUGAGGGGUAGAAAGAUUUACGAGCCUCCACGCUACAUGUCUGUCAGUCAUGCUGCCCAACAAUUCAUGGAAAUAAUAGAAAACAGGAAGAAAAGUGGGACAGAGAAAUUAGCAGUGGAUGAGAAUACGAUAAGCAUUGGGAUUGCCAGAGUUGGGUCUGACGACCAGAAGAUCGUAGCAGGAUCUCUUAAACAAUUAGUGGAUGUAGAUCUAGGAGGACCGUUACAUUCUCUUGUGAUAUCUGGACGGAUGCAUGCAUUAGAAAUAGAAUAUCUAAAGCAGUUUAGCCUUGACAUUGAUAUGCUCAACAGGAUAAGUGAACAGAUUUAGGAAGAGAGUACGUUGAUGGUGCUGGAAGAUGUGUUCGAAUCUUUGAAGGAAUUCAUUGUCUGGCUUCUGAAUAUCAUGUGUGGUAUAUCUAGCUGGAAUCUUUGACCAAAGGCUUGCCCACGGAACCCAAAAGAAGGGCAACGAUUAGGCUCAACCUGCAACACAUAGAGAUGAUCCUUUGAAAAUGAGAUAAAGUCCAUGCAGCUUAGUGAGGUUGCAACUCAAAACCAUAAGAGGUGAAAGAAGACAGUGUAUGACCUUUUUACAUACACUUUAAAAUUUGCAAUUCUAACUAUAUUACUUCAUGUUGCAUGCCAUACCUAUUUUUUCUACAGUUGGUUGAUAUCACCAAAUAUCAAACAACUUAGAAUUUCAACUUUCAAAACUUUUCAUGAG